AGGCUUUAGUAAAAAUAACAUUGCUGCAAACAUUUGUGUUAAAUAGAUUGAGAUAGUUUACAAGGCACAUGAUGCUAUUAAGUACACUUAGAAAUAUAGAAUUUUAUUUGUGUUACAGGAUUAAAAUGGCGAAAUAGGCGAAAGAUAUUAACACCUGCAUUUCAUUUUGCAAUAUUGAAAGAAUUUGUUGACGUCUUUAUAGAAGAAAGCAAUCGCAUGACACAAUUUUUAAAAGAUGUCAAUAAUUCAAAUAUCGAUGAUUUGACAAACUUUAUCAGUCAUCAUACGUUGAACGCAAUAUGCGAAACAGCAAUGGGAACUUUAAUGCAAAAUAUGGGUGAAUUCCAGCAACGGUAUCGUCAAGCAAUUCAUGAAAUGGGUAAUAUUGUGCCUUAUAGGGUACUAAGACCGUGGUUUCAUCCUGAUAUAAUAUUUGCUCUAACGCCAAUGGGUAAAAAGCAUGCUAAAAAUUUAAAAAUAUUGCAUAGAUUUACUGAAAAAAUUAUUGCCGAAAGAAAACAAUAUCAUGAAAAUACUGGUGAACGUUACUUGAAGUUUUUACAAGAUACGGAUGAGAAAGAAACAGAGGAGAAGGACACAAUAGAAAUUAAGAAAAAACGACUAGCUAUGUUGGAUCUUUUGAUAGCGGCAGCUCACAAUAACGAAAUUAAUGAUUCUGAUAUCAGAGAAGAAGUUGAUACCUUCAUGUUCGAAGAGCGUGUUAGAAAUGAAGUCAGAACAGUAAUGCAUGAAAACGGAGGAAAGCUUACUAUGACAGUGUUAAACAAUUUACACUAUCUAGAAAGAUGUAUAAAAGAAACAUUAAGAUUAUAUCCCAGUGUUCCUUUAAUAUCCCGGGUUUUGUCGGAGGAUAUAAAAAUGCAGUCAUAUCUGGUACCUUCUGGAGCAGUAAUACAGAUUAAUAUCUACGAUAUUCAUCGAGAUCCCAAUUUCUGGUCAGAUCCAGAUAUAUUCGAUCCAGAUAGAUUUUUACCUGAUAGAAUUAUAAAUCGUCAUCCUUAUUCCUAUUUACCGUUUAGUGCAGGAUCACGAAAUUGUAUAGGACAACGAUUCGCCAUAUUGGAAAUGAAAGCUGUAAUUGCUUCGUUAGUACAGGACUUUUAUUUGGAGCCUGUCGAUCAUUUAAAGGAUCUUCGGUUUAUGCUGGAUAUUAUAUGUCGCGUUGUGCAUCCAAUUCGUGUACGAUUUGUUCCAAUAGAACACUUGUUUCAUCAACAAACAAUGAUCAUUACUAUAUUGUUACUACUCAGCUUUAUCGUAUUGGUGUAUAAUUAUUAUGUGCAUCGUGGCAAAAAUGGGCGUCUUAUCAAUCUUAUACCAGGGCGAUCAGGCUAUCCAAUUAUUGGUAAUGUACUGGAAUAUCUUGAUUCACGAGAGGAUCUAUGGAAAAUUCUAGUGACCCUUUCCAAUCAGUACUAUCCCAUUUAUAAAUCAUGGGGAUUUUUUACGCCAGUUGUAGUCAUUCGUCAUCCCGAUGAUCUACAGGCAAUAUUAAGCAGCUCGAAGCACAUUGACAAGAGUAUACUCUAUGAUGUUUUAUAUCCUUGGUUCGGUACUGGUCUUAUCACUAGUAAAGGCAUUAAAUGGCACUCACGGCGGCAGAUACUUACCUCUGCAUUUCAUUUCAAUAUAUUAAAACAAUUUGUUGAGAUUUUGAUCGAGGAAGGAGAACACAUGACAAAGUCAUUGAAAAGUACCGGAGGCACAGUUGUAGAUUUAGAACCGUUUAUCAGUGAACAUACGCUGAAUGCAAUAUGCGAAACCGCUAUGGGCACUCCUUUACAAGGUCUCGGUGCGUUUCAGCAAGAGUAUCGAAGAGCAGUUCAUCGGAUGGGCGAACUUCUUACUUACAGAUUAUUUAGGCAAUGGUUGCAAAACGAUUGGAUAUUUUCAUUAACACCAAAAGGCAGAGAGCAAAUAAAAACUCUGAAGACAUUACAUGGAUUUACUGAACGAAUAAUAGCAGAAAGGAAACUUUACCAUGAACGUACCAAUGGUCGAUACUUGAAAAGCUUUAGAAAUGACACAUUGGAAGAAACAAAUGGUGAAGAAACGAUUAACAUACGAAAAAGGCGACUCGCAAUGUUGGAUCUUCUAAUAGCGGCAUCACGAGAAGGUCUUAUGACUGAUUUAGAUAUUAGGGAGGAAGUCGAUACUUUUAUGUUUGCGGGUCAUGAUACUACAGCGAUGAGUUUGUGCUACACCCUGGCACUGUUAGCUGAACAUAAGGACAUUCAGGAUCGUGUUAGGAACGAAAUCAAUAUAGCUAUGCAACAGAAUGGAGAGAAAUUUACUAUGAAAUUAUUGCAAAAUCUAUCAUAUUUAGAUAGAUGUGUAAAAGAAGCAUUGCGCUUAUAUCCCAGCGUAUCUAUAAUAUCACGUAUUUCUACGGAAGACGUGCAAUUACAGUCAUAUUUAGUACCUGCUAGAACAAUUUUGGAUCUUAAUAUUUACGGAGUUCAUAGAGAUCCUAACUUUUGGCCAAAUCCAGAUACAUUUGAUCCAGAUAGAUUUUUACCUGAAAAGAUUAAAAAUCGUCAUCCUUACUCGUACAUACCAUUUAGCGCUGGACCACGUAAUUGUAUUGGUCAACGGUACGCUAUGCUGGAAUUAAAGGCUAUGAUAGCACCUCUGGUGCAAAAUUUUUAUUUAGAGCCUGUUGAUUAUUUAAAGGAUCUUCGGAUACAUAUUGAUUUGAUACUUCGUCCAGCUCAUCCAGUGCGCAUAAGAUUUGUCCCUAUUUGUAAAAUGAGUGAAGGCACUUAAAACACAUACCGAUUUAAUGAAUUUUGUAAAAGACAUUUUGGUGUGCAUAUUAUACAUAUAUGUUCUAUAAUAUAUAGAAGAUUUAUUUGAAUCACUAAAGUAUUUACAAUCAUGUAAAGUAGUAUAUAUUUAUUUGUGAGUAGUACUACUACUCACAAUGAUGAAAAAAAAGGGUAAAAUAUUUUAAGGGAAUUUAGUAUGCCUAAUAAGUCGAAAAGUCUUAAUAAACAGAGGUUCGUAAAUGGGUUAUUUUUUCAGGUACUUUUAUUUUAUAAUUAUUUAAAUUAUUAUUAUUUUAUUGUUUUUAUUUUUAUUUUUAAUAUUGUUCUUUUAAACGGGCCAACUUGUUGCUAUGAUUAUUGACGUUGUUGCACAAUGAAGAACUAUUUUCCCGAAUUAGGUAAUUAAGUUAUCAUAUAACACUAUUCCAAAUAUCUCAAAAACACCCUUUUUGGACACCCUGUGUAGAGUGUAGGAGAAUAAAUGCAAAAGCAUCAUUGUAUACGAAAGAAAUUAUGUAUAUUAUAUUCUGCGUAUUAAACACGCUAUGAAAUAUAUACUA